GCCCACACAUGUGACUGAUCACAUGAUCCUAGGUCCGGUAGACGCUAUAUCUGGCAUUUAGGUGGAGUAGGCUUGCAGCAGAGGACUCAAAGUAAUAUUCAAACAGUCAAGAUGGACAACAGCAAGAACCCCAUUUCAGAGAAGAUAUUGAAUCUCACCCUUGAGAUAAUUAACUUGUUAACUGGUGAGGAUUACAUGGUUGUGAAAGCAUCUGCUGAACAUGCGACACCUAUCAACUAUCUCAGGAUUUCAGAAGAAUGUAGCAGGACUCAGAGCCCCAUCAAGAGGCUUCUACGUCAUUCUCCAGUACAUAAUAAUAAGGAUCAGGCGAUCCUAAAUCUCAUCAACAAGAUAAUUGAGCUGUUGACAGGAGAGGUUCCUAUAAGAUAUCAGGAUGUCACUGUCUAUUUCUCCAUGGAGGAGUGGGAGUAUUUAGAAGGACAUCAGGAUGUGUACAAGGACCUCAUGAUGGACAGUCACCAACCACUCAUAUCAGUGGAAUCAUCCUUUAAGAGCAAUUCAACAGAGAUUUAUUACAGUCCUCCAUAUUCCCAGUAUUUUCCCGAGGAAAAUCACAGUGUUCCACAAGAGUCUCAGGAUGAAGACCUGGUUAUUAAAGCCAAUGUUAUCCAGGAAGAGACCUUUGUGAUUGGAGAUCAGCCAUAUGACAAAGAAAUUCCACCUUUUAUCAGUCCAGCCAGUGAACACACUAGUAUGAUUGCCACAGAGGACUAUCUCCUUUCAUCCCAAAACAGUGAUGUAGAAUACAGUGCUGGUCAUACUGCGAAUAUGCCAUCUGAUUCCUGCAACCAUGAAUACUCUCUUGAGGAUGGACACCAGAGGAUCCAAAUGGCAGUGAAGCCCUUUGAAUGUUCUGAUUGUGGAAAGCAUUUUACUCAAAAAUCAUACCUCAGUGGACAUCAGAUCAGUCACUCAGCAUUAAAAUCGUUUACCUGUAAUACGUGUGGGAAGGGUUUCUCCCGACAAGAAAGCCUUGCUUUACAUCACCGAGUCCACAUGGGUGUGAAGCCAUUUAUAUGUUCCGAGUGUGGAAAGUGCUUUGGGUCCAAAUCAGAUCUUAUUAAACAUCAACGAACUCACACGGGAGAAAAGCCAUUUCCUUGUGCCGAGUGUGGGAAGUCCUUUUCACGCAAGUGCACUCUUCUUCAGCAUUACAGAACCCACACAGGGGAGAGGCCUUUUACAUGCACGCUGUGCAUGAAGAGAUUUACAUGUAAGUCGGUUCUUAUAACACAUACACGGACUCACACGGGUGAGAAGCCAUUUCAGUGCACAGAGUGUGGUAGAUGUUUUACUUUUAAAUCCGACCUUGUGAAUCAUCACAGAACCCACACAGGAGAGAAGCGGUUUCCUUGUUCCAAGUGCGGGAAAUGCUUUGCACGCAAAUCCUCUCUAGCCCAACAUUGGCAAAUUCACACGGAUGAAAAGCGGUUUGUUUGUCCUAAGUGUGGCAAAUUUUUCACUCGCAACUAUACUCUUGUUGAACAUCAAAAAACACACAAAGAUGAAAUUCAGUUCUCCUGACAGGGAGAAGAAGUGUAACACACAGGGGACAAGUUAUCCCCAAGCAUGGGGAAGGAGCCCAUACCAACACUCUCACAGUGGAAGCUUCGAAGCUUUAGAUUCACAGUCCAUAUACUAUGGACUGUUUUAGAUAAAAUCUGUAAGGAAGCAAAUAA